AUGAUGAUCCCGCGGCUCCGGGAAGUGGAGGAGCAGUUCCUGCUGCAGCAGCCCACGCAUUUGCUGAGCAGAGAGGGCCUCACUUUGAGGGCCGAGCAGCGCCAGCAGAUCAGGACGGUGCCAAUUCGAUGGAAGCGCGCCCACCUGAUCUUUGUCAGUCUUUUCCUCAUUUUCCCCCUAAUCUUGCUGUGGGAGUUCACCUACUGCGAGUUCUUCGGCGAGAACGCCCUGUACUUCAUCAUCGGCUUCAGUUUCGCCAUGAACUUUGUGGACAAUGCCUUGUCCAAGGCGGUGCGAGAGGAGCUGAUCCAAGUGCCGCUGUCCACCGCCUGCAGCGUGGUGCUCUUUAUCGGCACACUGGGUGCAAACGACUUCGUGGAUUUCUGUGAAGGAUUCUUCCUAGAGCUGCUCUACGGCAUCGCCGAGCGACUGAUCUUGGGCUCGCUCUUGGAGGCCACGGAGAAGGGCGUGGCCUGGGGAGUUCAUUGGGCGAAGACGCGUUCGUGGUUCUGGCGACUUACCCUAUUGGUGACUGGAGGUCGGUCUACCAAGGCGCUGUUGAUGAAUGAGGGCAAGGACGAAGAUGACGUGUCGCCAGAAGAGGUGGGCAUGGAAGGCACCCCCAUCGAAGAGGCCAUGGAAGAAGUCAUCGGCUGCGGCACCACCUGCAUGAGUACCAUCAUGACGCCUUUCAUUAUCAGUGCGAUCUAUUUCUUCGCCUCUGAAACUGAGAUCCCUGUGCAGUACGACAUCCGAAGUACGGACUUGGUGUGCUACUUGCUCUUCGGCGUCAUCAUUGCUCCCUUCCAGGUCAUGAUGGACAUCCUCAUGAACCAUGCGACGGAGCUUCAAAACAACGUGCGCAUCUACGAUUACAUGCUCUACGCCAAAUGGCGCUGGCGCAACCGAGUGACACGUUGGCUCUUUGAUGACCCCCGCUUGGAUCAAUCCAUCGCAGAGCCCUUGCAGAGCGUGAACCACCUGGCCUUCUCCCCACAGUUUUACUUCAUUGAGACCUACUACACCUGGGGCAUGCUGGUGUCGCUUCUGUCCAUCACCAUCUUUUUGCGGAAGAAUAUGAACCCCCUGGAUGACCCGGCGCUCUUCAUCCUUGUGGGUCAAAUGUUCCUCUUGAACUACCUCUUGGAUCGGCUGAUCCGGUGGCUUACGUCUUCUGUGCUUUGGAAGCCCAUGGAUAACAGCAACUUCCGGAUCUUCAGCCGAUCUGUUGCGCUGGCUCUGCAGCGGAAGGACGCGGCGCUGGGGCAAGAGAAGUACCGCCAAUGGUUCUGGCAGCGCCACACAGGAUGGCUGGUAAACCAUUUGGGGGACAUCUUCACUCCUCGCUCGCGGGAGCGGUACAAGGGUAAGCUGAGCCUUCUCUACCAGCAAGCGCUGCAACUGCAAAAGACGCACGUCUACAAGACCCCCGGGGACGCCUUCCCAGAGCCCGUGGGCCAGCAAGAGCUGCCGGAGAAUCUCCGCCUGGAGCUGGAGGAGGAUGAGUCUGACGAUGAGAAGAGCCCACUUGCGCUGAAGGCUGGCAAGGGCGGCGGCAUGUUGGGAUUGACGCUGCCCGGGGUGAAGCAGAAGCAGGAAAGCCCAGGCAAACUGCGUGCUUCAGUGGCCCUGCGGCGACUGGACCUUCCUUCCAUGCCGCAGAUGCCCUUGGCACCGCUGCCUCCAACAGAGCCGGAGCCCAUCGAGGACUGGCCGCUGCAGCUCAUGGGCGAAGAAAAGGACAAGGAGCUCCAAGACGCGGCAGGUUUCGGCCCCUUGGCGGCACUGACGGGGGCUGCUUGGCUGCGCGUCGCGCGGCGCCGGCUCAUCAUGUCGCGCCAGUCCCAGGAGUACACACACGAGCAGCCGCUGAACGACGUUUGCGGCGGCUGUGCUGUGCGGGCGAAUGAUCCCUUCGUCAAGGAGCGGAUCGGCGUGUGGCAACACGGGCCGCGCUUCAAGGUGUACUUUGUGGGUCAAUUGAGAGCUUUGAUGACGAGCUUCGAGCGCCACUACAACGUGCCUCCCAUGCCAUUCGUCCCUCAGCAGUGGCAGAACUGGCUGGACCGGCACAACGCCUACCAGACCCUUUGCGUGCGCUGUGCCUUAGAGAGGGGCUUGGACCCCCCUCCUCCGCAAGAGGCGCAGACCCCCUCGCAGCCGACCACGCCCAAAGCGCUGCCAGCGCCCCCCACGCGAGACCGGGAGGAAAGCACAGACAGUGAGGAAGAGGAGGCCUUGAUGCUUAUGGAGGAGCAAGGGACGCCGCAACACGACGAUGCCAGUGAUAUUGAGUUCGAGCCCGCGGAAACUGCAAGGUUCCCGAACCUCGUCAACGUGCAGGUGUCACAGCCAGCGCGAGAGAUGAUUGUCUACUGGGCGCGGCAAGCGCGAAGGCGCCUGAAGCGCAGGAGGACCAUCCGAUACCAACCGGACACGAGCUCCGAAUCGGAGGAGAGUUCCGAUGGCAACGACACACCAGAACUGGCAGAUUGA